GCUGGUCGGGUGGUCGGGCUACUGCAGGCGGCAAGACAAGCGUGAAUUUGCUAGUGUUGGGAUCGAUCUGGCCGUGGCGGGCACGUUGAGGAGCCGCAAUCGGGAGCGCAGGGAAAGAAUGCAGAAUUAUUUCCAGGAUGGGCAGCGCAGACGAGGGAGGGCACAAUCACGGUCAAACUGUCAAUGCAUUGAGCUGCCCGACGCCCUCUGCCGCUCGCGAGCGAGGUUGGGGUUUAUUGGCAGCUAUCACGGGUCCAUGCUGCCGUCUGACAUCAUUUCGCGACCAUCGUUGCAUGCAUUGCCCAAUAGCAGCCAUCUAUGUUGCUGCUACGCCAACUCCACACACUCCGCACUCCACAGCGAGACAAACACGAGCCCAAGCAAGCAAUUCUUCCUCUCGCCGCGGCCCGUGGGAUGUAAGGAGGUCGUGCAGCCUCAGCAGGGUUUGUCGCCAACAACUCAACAAACUGCCAGUGGAGAUGAAAGCGGAGAAACGACCGACGAAAGCCGGGGUGCAUUCAUCGUCAGCGAUCCCCCAUCUCGAAAACACCACGUGAGCAGAUCUCACGAGCGCCCGGCCAAUGUCUGCAGCGCUGUACCGCUGCAGGGCUCCGUCAUACCACCGACGAUGCGGGGUCAGGAGUUGAUGUCUGGCGUUGGCAGAUGCUCUCCGCCUCAAGAUUAUGGAGCUGUGGGGCCUGGAGGUGGGCCACGUGAAGAUUUCGACUCCAGCCAUCGUAGCGUAUCGGGUAGCUAGCGAAAUGCAGUAACUGGGCGUCUGCAUUAAUUCUGUGAAAACCGGGGUUGUGAAUACAUACAAAAAGUGCAGGCCGAAAAUCCACCCGCACAGUGAGCCUCAACAGCUUCCAAACUUCAUCAAUGCGCCGGAGCACCUAAGACAGCACACGCGAAUA